CGAACCUAGGUGCGUAUCUCGACAGUAUUCUGAGCGAACUUCGCAUGAAAUCAAACACUAUGUGUCUCACACCACUUUACGGAUAUUGUCCACAUCGUGUAUGCCAAAGUACUACAUAUUAUAGUGGCUAAGUUUGUUCAUUUACCUCUUCGACGAAAAUGACCUCUACUGCAAGCCAACUGGAACGAAGUCUAAGAAAACUUCAGGUGAGUGACUUCUUAAUCUACAAUCAAUUUGACGCGUACUGCUGCUCAUUUUGUCCAAAGAUCUCAGAGUCUGACUCACAAGAAACGUCUACCGCGGUGCAAUGGGUGCCCUCUAAAUACUACAGCUCAGACGCAUCUCAGUGCGUUCUCGUAAGGCCUCCCCGGGCUGCGUGCGGCAACCGUCAGCUGUUUGGUUUUCCUCUUAUCAAGAGCGAACUUUGGGACAUGGGGACCUUUGCUUUCAAGAAAAUUUGGCCAGACAAAACUUUACCAGACGACCAUUUCUUCAUCGUCAUGAAUUCCCUCACCCUCCUUAGGGCAUAUCUCGGUCUUCGCGUUUGUACUAUGGCGUUCGGAAAGGUGGAUGAAGGCUUAAAUAAUAUCCCAUCGGAGUGCGUAUCGUUGGGAGAGGUGCUGUUGUUAAUAUUGUGGAGGGAUACAGAACCCGAGGCAUCAUGUCCAACGCUAAGUCAAGUGCAUUUUGUGGAAGCGAAGCUUAAGCGCUCACCGAGAUGGUGGGUGGAAGUCCCAGUGCGUAUGCAUACUCAUUUCGAGAGCCGCUCAGCUGACCCUCUUUAUUUUUUUAGCAUCUUUGAUGAACAGUGCGCCAUCAUUCCAUGGCUGACUAUAUUACCUACCCCACUUGUACCAACCUCAUUCGUUUUUUGCGGUAGAACUUAUAACUCUUGCACGUCAUCUGUGAUACAUACGCUCAACAUGAAACCUGGACAAUAUAUCGAUAUUGCGGACGAACACGGAUGGACUGUAAGACUAUUUGUAUUCAUAGCGCCAUGUGAUGAUUUGUUUUCGUCGGUUCAGUCUCUGGUAUUUCAUUAAAGGAUAACUUAUGACUGCCUCAAAGAACAUCUUCGUAUACUUGUCGGACCACUUGUCAGUUUCACUUGCGUCCGCCGUCGAUCAAGGCAAAACAUCAGCUUGUCUAGAAAGAGAUAGAUAGUAUAACACUUCUUGAAAAUGCCCUCUACUGCAAGCCAACUCGAGCGAAGCCUUAGAAG